GCCGCCCCCCGGCCGCCCGCACGGCCCCGCACGGGCGACACCGAGCACACACCGCGCCCCCGCCGGGCUCCCCGGGCCGCGAGCCGGCCGGGAGGGAGCGGCCGAGGGCGGGGGGGCCGCGCGCCCCCCUCCGCCUGCCCCCCGCCGCCCUCACGGGGGUCGCCCGUGGUUCGAGGUCGGGGAGGAAGCGCUCCCCGUGAGGACGCUGAGGCCCUGGCACGGCGUGCCCGCUGCGGCUGCCCCUGCAUCCCUGGCAGUGCCCGAGGCCAGGUGGACAGGGCUCGCAGCAGCCUGGGAUGGUGGAAGGUGUCCGUGCCACGGCAGGGGUGGAACGGGAUGAGCCCUCGUGUCCCUUCCACCCACAGGUUUGGCGCUGCCCCGCUGCCCGGUGCCGGGCUCGGUGUCCCGGCGUGCCCCCGGGAUGCGUUUGGAGGCUCGGGCUGGGCUGGGAGCGCUCCUCCCUGGUGCAGCAGGGGCCGGACAGGGACAGGGACCAGCCCCGUGCGUGCUCCUGCAGUGCCUGACAGGGAUCCCGCAUCCAUAGCAGGCUUGGUGCCUUCUGUCCUCCUCCUUCCCGCCGGCUGUUUGACAUUGAGCGCUUUCCAGGGGAGGUUGAGAAGGAAUUCUUCCCUGUGCGGGUGCUGAGGCUCUGGCACAGCUUUCCCUGGAGCUGCCCCUGCAUCCCUGGCAGCGCCAAGGCCGGGCUGGACGGGGCUUGGAGCAGCCUGGGAUGGUGGAAGGUGUCCCUGCCCAUGGAUGGGGGUGGAACGAGAUCAGCUUUAAGGUCCUUUCCCACCCAGACUAUUCCAGGAUUCUCUCAACACACUCGGUAUCCCUAUACCCUUAUUUGCAAUUCAAGUGUUGCCUCCUUUUUCUUUCCCACCCCCCCUCUUUUUUUUUUUUUGUUUUAUUUUUAAAUCCAUCCACAGUGGCAAGUUGUGUACUUCACCAAAUAUAGUAAUUUUAUCCUGCUAUGGCACAGAUAGUUUAUGGAUCAGUUUAUUUUUGGAGCUCUCCAGGGAAGACUUUUUGAAGUAAACAAGGCUUAUUAGCAACUGAGAGAUUGCUUUGGUGGAAGCAGCUUUAAAAUGGUAUUUUGGAGUGUUUUUUGGUGCUUUCUUGCCUUCUCUGUGAGGUUAUCUGAGGUGUGGUGCCCUGUUGAUACCAAGAGGCAAACCUGAUAUUAGUAUAACUUCAAAUAUUUCAACCCAGAUUUUGAAACAUCAAACAAAAAAAGUGCUUGAAUUUCAUAGCAGUGACUCUUGAAACAGAGAGUUUUCCCUGUUAGGAAGUUUUUGCAUAUAUGUUUGUAUAUAUAUUAAGUAGUUGUUUAUAGAAAUGCACCAGAAUAACAAGACUUUGAUUUUUCCCAUCAUUAAAUGGAAGCAGUUCCAUUUUCAGUAAUAGAUGUUAGGAAGAAAGAUUAAUUAAUUUAUUGAGAGAAUAAAAAGAUGGAGGUUGGAUUUGGGAAACAUUCCAUCUUCUCCAGAGGACACAAACAUUUUAGAACUUUGCUUUUUCCAUUUAUCAUCUUUUCUACAGCUGGGUUUUCUGAGUCACCCAGCCAUGUGAAAGUUGUGUGGUUCCAGAGCAGGUGCUGAUUAAGGUUCUUUUAAAGGACUAAUUGAUUAAUAACAUCCAGAGUAAUUUAAUAAAACCAUUAGGGGUGUGGUGCUAAUUAGCACUGCUCACAGCUGCAGCUUCCAGAGGCACCUGCUCCAAGAACUCAGUUUGGAAAAGGCUCCUUUCCUGCCCGUGCUGCUUUUACCUUCCCUUUUCUGCAAUUUUGGGUGGUCAGGUGAGGAGAAUGAGCUCAGAGCUGCUGAUGGUGGCUUUACCUCGGCUUGGGAGGGAGUUGGGGUGGGAUUCACACCCAGGGAACUCCAGGGAGAGGCUCCUGUUUGCCAGGGCUCGAGUUUGCCUCUGGUUUUUCUCUUGAGCUUCCCCCUCAUCUUGUAAAGCUUGCUAGGUGCAGGAACAACACAGGGCUUUAAUGUGCCAGAAUUCCAGGGGUUUCCUUCAUUUUUUUUCAGAAUUCUAGGGUUUUCCUUCAUUUUUCAGCAAUCCAGGGUUUUCCUUUAAUGUGCCAGAAUUCCAGGGUUUUCCUUCAUUUUUUCAGCAAUCCAGGGUUUUCCUUUAAUGUGUCAGAAUUCCAGGGGUUUCCUUCUUUUUGUUAGAAUUUCCAGGGUUUUCAUCUCUUUCCCUGAAGGAGCCCUGGAGUUGGAGUUGCUGGGAUUGAGCCACUUGUAGGAGGAGACAGAGCAAAGCCAGUGGUUGGAAUUAAAACCACAAAAUGUCUUUGUAUGCAGAACUUUGCCAAUAAAAUUUUGGUCACAGGUUGAUUUCCUUUAGUUUAAGACUUGAUAUUUAGUUAUUGACAGUUGAAAUAACCUUAUUUUCUUUCUUAUCCAUAUCAUUGAAAGGCUAAUCAUCACCUUUUUUUAUUUUUUUUUUUCUUUCCCAAGUAAAAUAAAAGGAAUAAAAUGUCUUCACAGUCACAUAAAGCACUUGUUUCCUUGCAGGUUUAGGUUUUUAAAGGUGCUGGAAAAUAGUGAAUUUUGCAACCAGUUAGACUGAAAAACAUACAAAAGGUUUAACUUCAUCACACCCUCGGAGUGCAUGCCUGGGCCAGCUCUGCCCUGGGGAGCUGCAGUGGUGCCUGAGGGGUUUUGCUGCAGGUUCUGAAUGAUGUCAGAGCAGGAUUUGGCAGAUGUGGUUCAGAUUGCUGUGGAGGACCUGACUCCUGAUAAUCCAGUUGUGUUGGAGAACCAUGAGGUGGCAGAUGAUGAUGUGGAACCUGCCCUGAAACGUCAGAGGAUAGAAAUCAACUGCCAGGAUCCCUCUAUCAAGUCGUUCCUGUACUCCAUCAACCAGACCAUAUGCCUGAGGCUGGACAGCAUCGAGGCCAAGCUGCUGGCCCUGGAGGCCACCUGCAAAUCCCUGGAGGAGAAGCUGGACCUGGUGAUGAACAAGCAGCACAGCCCCAUCCAGGUGCCCAUGGUGGCCGGGUCCCCGCUGGGCGCCACCCAGACCUGCAAUAAAGUCCGAUGUGUUGUCCCUCAGACCACGGUGAUCCUCAACAACGACCGGCAGAACUCCAUCGUGGCCAAGAUGGUGGGGCAGGAGGAGCCGCUGAGCAGAGCAGCAGAUUCCCUGGAGAACAUCCUCAGCAACGCGGUGCCGGGCCGCCGGCAGAACACCAUCGUGGUGAAGGUGCCCGGGCACGACGACAGCCACAACGAGGACGGCGAGAGCGGCUCCGAGGCCAGCGACUCGGUGUCCAACAGCGGCCAGGUGGGCAGCCAGAGCAUCGGCAACAACGUCACCCUCAUCACCCUCAACUCCGAAGAGGAUUACCCCAACGGGACGUGGCUGGGCGACGAGAACAACCCCGAGAUGCGGGUGCGCUGCCCCAUCACGCCCGCCGACAUGCUGCACAUCAGCACCAACUGCCGCACGGCCGAGAAGAUGGCCCUCACCCUGCUGGAUUACCUCUUCCACAGGGAGAUCCAGGCCAUCUCCAACCUCUCGGGCCAGGGCAAGCACGGCAAGAAGCAGCUGGAUCCUCUCAUGAUCUACGGGAUUCGCUGCCACCUGUUUUACAAGUUUGGCAUCACAGAGUCGGACUGGUACCGCAUCAAGCAGAGCAUCGACUCCAAGUGCAGGACAGCCUGGAGGAGGAAGCAGCGAGGCCAGAGCCUGGCUGUGAAGAGCUUCUCCAGGAGAACCCCCUCAUCCUCCUCCUACAGUGGCUCAGAGGGCUCGCAGAGCUCGGUGUCAGCCUCCAGCGAGCUGCAGCAGAACCAGCCCCAGGCCCUGCACUACGCCCUGGCCAACGCCCAGCAGGUCCAGAUCCACCAGAUCGGAGAGGAUGGACAAGUGCAAGUAAUCCCACAGGGCCAUCUCCACAUAGCCCAGGUGCCCCAGGGGGAGCAGGUCCAGAUCACGCAGGACAGCGAGGGAAACCUGCAGAUCCACCAAGUCCACGUGGGGCAGGACGGGCAGGUGCUGCAGGGGGCUCAGCUGAUCGCCGUGGCCUCGGCCGAGCCCGCGGCCGGCGGCGUGGACGGCUCCCCGCUGCAGGGCAGCGACAUCCAGGUGCAGUACGUGCAGCUGACCCCCGUGACAGACCACGCUGCCACCAGCCAAGGCACUGAUUCCCUUCAAUCAGCAAUCCAGCCAGAAAUGCAGAUAGAACACGGAGCCAUCCAAAUCCAGUGAGAGGAUUGUGGAAUGUUGGGGAGCUGGCAAUGAACUCCAGCCAGAAAUGGAGUGGGAAAGGCUGGAAAAACCUCCCAGACCUCAGACCCUCCAGCCUUGCCCUGCUCACCCACACCUGGGAUAAUUCCAACUUCAGUCAGAGCUGCAUCGCGACACCAAUCCAAGUCCUGGCCUUCAAACAAAACCCCGUGGGCUGCACUUAAAUCCACUCAGAGAGGACAAAACAAAUUUUUCGUGGGGAGAGGAAGAACUCUCCUGCAUCCAAACUGUGAGACUCCAUCCCUGCCCACCCCGUUGGUCCCUCCUGUGAAAAUGGAAUGUCUGCAGAUGUUUGGGGUAUUGCUGCCCUGCAGUACCUGCUUUGCCACGUAGGGAAAGUUCCAGAGCUCAGAUAUUUUUCACUGUUGGAACAGCCUUUUUUUUUAAUUUGCUAUGGUGUUUAUAACAAAAAAAAAGGAAAAUAUUUAAAAAAAGGAAAAAUUCCUUGACAGCAAGUCUUGGCCUUUUGCUGGUGUUUUCUGUUCAGUGUCAUGAAAACUGUAUUUGCAGAAGACUAACACUUUUGUUUGUACUGUUGCUUAACUACUUUUCUAGGGGAAAAUGCUUUAAAAAUGCUGUAAUUACGCAUUUCUAAUGAAAAAUAAAUGUGUAUUUAUGAAUA